AUGGCCGGCGCCAGCCCGAUGUGGGAGGCCAUGUGGGCCAAGGGCCUGAGGCCCAAGGAGGCCUUCGAUGUGGGGGGGCCCUCCCCCACCCUGGCGGAGGUGCUGGCGAAAGGUUCCCUGGGCGCCGGCGUGGGCAAAUGCGCCCUGGUGCCCGGCUGCGGCCGCGCCUACGACGCCCUCGCGCUGGCGGAGUACGGUUUCGAGCGCGUGGUGGCUGUGGACUUGGCCCCGACCGCUGUGGAGGCGGCCAAGCAAUUCCUGGCGAGCUGCGGGAACCCUGCCGCAGCCCGGGUGGAGAUGCAGUGCGCUAACUUCUUUGAGAUGAAGCUUGAGCCGAAGGCAGACGUCAUCUGGGACUGCACCUUCCUUUGUGCCCUGGAUCCAUCGGCGCGGACUGACUGGGCCCGGAAGAUGGGGGAGCUGUUGGAGCCUGAGGGAACGCUGAUCACCUGCAUCUUCCCCAUUUGUGACAAGGAAGGUGGGCCUCCCUUCGCCAUGUCCGUGCCCUUGGUGAAGGGCUUGCUGGAGCCUGCAGGUUUCAGGGCUGCUGAGCUGCGAGAGGACGCAGCCAGACACACCGCAGGGGGUAUGGCAGCGGGCACUGCGCUGGGGCUGUGGACCAAGGCAGCCGGGCGUUGA